UUAAGAAAUUAGACAAUUACUGUAGGUGACUCGACAUAAAAUCGUUAGAGGGGUCCGGAAGCAUUCGUCACUUCCUUACUCCCCUUAGCAGAUCAAAGCGCGAUUCAGGGUCACACUGUCGGUAUUGUAACUAAAAAUAUACCUGUAUAUUUUUAGUUAUAUGGGGCGAGGGCAUUAGCUAUACAUGUAAAAAAUAAGAACAAUGUCCUUUUUGAAUAAUAUAUACUGGACGAAGGCCUGUUGAAACAAAAUUGAAAAAUAUUUCACAGACCAUUACGCAAGCGUGACGAGUGGGUUGCUGAUAUCUGAACUCAGUAGUCUCGGUAGAAAACAUCUGUACAAAAUUAGCGUGACCGAUGGCACGAGGGACUAAAUACCGCUUUCUAGUAGUCAUCUUUCUCAAUUUCAUCUCCAGAACGAAGACAUCGAGUGAAUUACAGAAAAGAUACAUCAGUGAUACUGAAGCGAUUUGUAAUGACAACACCAAAGCCGCGUUCUAUUUUGGACCUCAGUCAAAACAGAAAUGGAUCGUGUUCUUUGAAAGCGGUGGUUUCUGCUCGUCACUGGAAGACUGCAACGAACGUUAUCGUAAUCAGAAUUCAACAGCGUUUAUGACAUCGAAUGGCUUGCCUGAUAAAGUUACUGGUAAAGAUCUGUUGUCUGCAUCGAAAGAAGAAAACCCAACAUUCUCUGAUUACACGCAUGUCCUUGUACCGUACUGUAGCAGUGACUUAUGGCUUGGAUUAAGAACAAACCCUAAAAAACCUUUCCAUUUUGUCGACGAUUCGUCAGUAGAUAACUUCAGUUUUAGAGGACAGACAAUUUUUCGUUCUGUUUUCCUGGACCUGCUGCAGCACUAUAACUUGAGCGAAGCUAAAGAAAUAAUUCUUGCUGGAAGCAGUGCCGGUGGAAUCGGAGUUUUGAAUCAUGCACAGUGGGUCUUGAAUCAUGUUAUAAAAUCACGUGGUUUAAACGCUGAGCUCUUUACAAUCGUUGAUUCAGGAUGGUUCAUCGACUUUCAGGGUAGUUUAAGAGCCCAAGUGAACCCUGAAUUUUUAUCGUUCGCGAAUAUUUCAUUGCUUGCGUGUACGGAUUUUUCGCAUGGUCACACUUGUUGUCCUUCAGCUUCAUGCAUGAUAUCCCGCGGGUAUUAUCCCUCGAGUGUCCCGUUACUGCUUGUUUCUAGCAUGUUCGAUUCUUUCAUGCUUAGAAACGUUUUCAAAAGACUAGAAAACGAAGGAAAGACAGCGGAAGACAACUUUGGAGAUUUUUUGUCUGUUGUAAACCUGUACGGUGGUGAAGUGAAUGGAUCUAUUACCUCAACGGAAAACCAAGUCUCAAAUGUGAGUUUUUUCGUCCCCGCCUGUUUUCAACACGUUUAUCUUGUUACGUCAAGCUUGUGGGAAGAGGAUGGUGUUUUACCACCUUCCUUUGAAAUUUCAGUAGGAUCUGCGACAUUCAGGUAAGUCAAUAACCGCUAAUGUAUAGGUUACAAAAUGACCUCUCCAUGCGACUACGUGACCCUGUUCCGAUGGCCAGCUGUCCGCCCAAGUUUUCGAUGAACGAAUAGAGCUUUUCCACUCAUGCUGUGUUUAGAUUUGAGCUUUUACCAAGGUAAACAGUUACUAAGGUCAAGUUACUUAACCUUGGUACACUCGUUCAGUGUUUAUACCGGCUCAAAUAACUCAAGUUAAUCUUUCAACAUUCGCGCGCGCUGCAUUAACAACGUCAUGAAAUCGAACUUGCACGAGGAUCCCACCGCAGUGGAACAGGAGCAAAUUGAG